UUAGUUUAAUAAAAGUUAUCAAGAUUUUAAAUUGACUAUUUGAAAUUGUUAGGGUGCAACAAAUAGUAGACUUAAAGCACUAGAAUAAGGUUCUAGCAUAUACAUCCCUCCAACCAAUGUCUCUGUGAGGGCAAACUAGCUUAAAAGAAUGGUUCACCAGCAACAAUCCUUUUCUACUAUUCUGUGUCUACUAAGCGCCCCGACGAACUUUUCCAUUAUCAGUUAACUUUGUCGGUCAUCAUCAGUAUAGUGGAGCCGGUAUCAGUAGCGUUCUCGCAUAAUCGUUUAAAACAUGUAUGUCUCUGUUGCAAUGCGGUAAAUUUGAAACUGGGUAUAAUAGUGCUCUCAAGAGCCAAUUGGGCGAUUCAUUUGAAGUUCAAUCUCAGUAUGAAUUGGAUCGUGAAGGUUUUCACUUGCAUGUGUAUAGUAGUAAUCCCAGCAUGCAGUGGGAUCAAUAUAUUGUGUCUUAUGGGAGUCCCUAGCCACAGUCAUCAUAUCUGGAAUCGAGUACUGAUGGAAGCGUUGGCCUCUAAAGGAUAUAACCUAACAAUAGUGUCUUCGGAUGUUGAAACGACGGUAAAGCCAAAUUUAACUUACAUCCAUUUGGAAGAAACUUAUAAUGCGAUUCAUGAUGAAGAUGUAAUAGUUGAUUUCUACGAGAUGGCUCAGCAAAAUGUAAUUCAGAGCAUGAUCACGUUUUACGACUAUGCGGUCGUAUUGUGCAAUGGUGUGCUGAAAUCGAAAGGAUUGGACGUGAUUUUGAGUUAUCCGGACAAUUUCAAGUUUGAUUUAGUGCUCUACGAUUUCACUGCUGGACCUUGUUUGAUGGGGCUUUAUCACAAAUUUGGACAACCUCCACUGAUUGGAGUAACCGCGUUCAACAUCCCUCCCUAUACCGUAGAUUUGAUUGGGAGCCAUAAAUAUCCAGCCUACAUACCUUAUUAUACACUGACAUACGACGUGGACAUGAAUUUCCUGCAAAGAUUGGAAAACGUAUUUAUCUACACCUCGGACUAUUUGUACCGUAACUAUCGUUCCAUCCCGAAAACUGACGAACUACUUAGGACUCAUCCGGCAUUUAGAAGUAUACCCUAUCUUGGCGACCUUGAUAAAAAUAUGAUGCUGAUGCUUGUGAACUCUCAUCAUUCGGUUGAUUUUCCUCAAAAUAUGAUCCCAGUUGGAGGUCUUCAAAUUACUCCACCAAAACCACUGCCAACGGACAUUGAGGAAUUUAUUAGGCGUGGCAAAAAAGGAGCAGUGCUUUUCUCGCUAGGAACCAACAUUCUUAGCUCGGAUCUAGGUGAGAAGCGGAUUGCUAUGUUUCUUGAUGCGAUAAGACAAUUCCCUGAAUACAAUUUUCUGUGGAAGUUUGAAGCCGAUCCGAAUAAGUUUGAUAUCCCCGGUAAUCUAAUGAUGCGAAAGUUUUUACCUCAAAAUGACGUCCUGGCACAUCCGAGUACGAAGUUAUUCAUCACCCAUGCUGGUUUGCUGAGCACACACGAAGCAACCUGGCAUGGUGUUCCGAUGGUUGGAAUUCCUUUCAUAGUUGAUCAGUACCGGAACUUGGAAAAAUCUAUACGUGCUGGUGUAGCAGAGCGAAUAAUAGUUUGGACUGUCACAAAAGAAAAAAUUGUGCAAACUAUCCGGAAGGUAUUAGAAGAUCCUUCGUAUCGGACACGAAUGCUGGAAAAAUCUGCACUAUUCCGUGAUCAACCAGACAAACCGCUGGAUCGUGCUCUCUGGUGGAUCGAUUGGUCAUUAAGGCAUCCGAAUGCGAAAUCCAUCCAAUCGCCAACUCUUCGCCUAGGGUGGUUUAGGAGUGAACAAUAUGAUGUUAAACUUUUCGUAGCGAUUGCUAUUUUUGGUGUCAUAGCUCUACUAAUUCCUGUUUGUAGAACAUUUGUUUUUUGUAAACAGACUACAGAUAGCAGGAAAAAGCAAAAUUAAAUUGACUUGCCAGCCAUU